UUGUAGUCAAAAUGGAUUCAUUACUUCCUGCUUUGACAAGGAAGAAGAAAUUCCGGCUAGUAACCAAAAAGUUGUUUGCCUUUCGAAGUACAGCAGCUCGAGGACUUGUAAAAGGAUUCAGACAUAAAAUGUCUGUAAUGGAGCAGGGGGUAGUUCGACCAAUUACGGCAGUAGCAUGGACCUCCAACACCAGCACCUGCCCUAAGGAGUUCACCAUGAUCAGCUUAACAGAAGACGGAGCAGCAGCAAACUUUACACGUAGCUUCGGAAUGAAGUCUGGAUAUUACCUCUGCUACAGCAAGGACUUAUCAAGUGGUUUUGUAUUGUCAGACCUUCAGCUUAUUUCAGACAAGGACUCCAUUCCUCAUGGUUACACUUAUAUAGCUGAGCACCUUGAACAGAAGGCCUCUGUUUCAAAGAAGAAACGUGUGUGUGCACUCGCUGUACCUGUUGGCAGUGUGGAUACAGCUGUGUUGGAUAUUAAACUGACAGCCAAAAGCAAAAUGAUGCUGCAGCACUACACAUACGUGGGAGAUAUUCACGGCUACGUGUUGUGGUGUAGAAAGGGACAUUUUUCCAGCCCCACUCCUCAAGCCAAACCCAGACGUAUUAGCCUGGAUGUUCGGGGCCUCUCUCUGGAGCAGUCCCCUGCUGCAAUGCCUCUGAGACCCAGUAACCCUCCUCAUGCAGUGCCACCAAACAAAAUGAGUCAAAGACGCCACAAUCUCCAUAGCAACAACUCGGACAAACCUGCAGACACCAGCAUCCAUGGCAGUACAGCACUAGAUGGAGUUCCUUUUAGUCUGCACCCAAAAUUUGACAUCCAGGCCAAUGACACAAAUCCUCAGCUGAACUCUCAGUUAAACAACAUUUGUAUAAAGUCACUCCAAGACAUCGAAAAUGAGUAUAAUUAUACUUUUGUUGUGGAGGAAUCUGCCGCCAAGAGGAACAGACCUAAACUAUCAACUGAAGGUGCUUUAGAACCAAUGUGAUUUUCACCAAAAUAAAUGCAGUAUCAGGUUUUUGGGUCAUUUGAACGACUUCUUAAAUCAUGGUACAGAUGAUGAACGAUUACUAUUCAUAAUCUGUUGCUUUAAAGAAUUUCUCAUACCAGGGUCAAUUUAAACGCCAUCUAGAGGCAUUAUGUGAGAUUUUCAAUAACAAUAUGAAGAAGCCAGGGUGUUUUGGCAUGCUCCAUGUCAUGUCACUCACAAGUGGAUUUAUAAUUUCAACUAGUCAUUUCUCUGUGUAUUUACUCUUAACAUGUUGGGUUAGCUAAGUGUAAACUAUAGUGCAUUGGUUAUAUAAGGUGUAGCAAAGGAGUAAUCCAUCCAGCUUUUGGUUUGGCUUAAGGUGUAUAUUUUAUAUUUUUUAUUACCCAUUGGUGUUGUUUGUUACAUUACAUGGAAAAAAUAAAAGCUUUGGAAACACUA